AUGUCUGAGUCUCAACCGAAGAGCCAAGCGGCCAAUAGCCACACCUCUGUUCUCAAUCCCAAAAACGCAGCCAUUCUGGAAGGAAUCCGCGCAGUCAGGGGUCGCAUCCAAUUCGCCAAGGAACACAUCAACCGCCUGUUCCAAUCCGCAAAAGCCAUGUACAUGGACCUGGGCCUGACAAAGGCCGACCUCCUAUCUCUGCUGCACCGUACCAUCGACGCAAACGACAUGGGCGACGAGCCUCACGUCCACAUCCGCCUCGUCGUCAGCCGCGGCCUCAAGUCCACUCCCUACCAGAACCCGCACGUCAACAUCGGCCUGCCGCUCAUCGUCAUCAUCCCCGAGAUCAAGGCCGUCGACCCCGCGGCGAAGGAGCGUGGCCUGCGCCUCGGCACGACCUGGGUGCGUCGCGGCCCGCCCGACGUCAAGGACGAGCAGUGGAACCACAUCUCCAAGGCCACGGACGUCCAGGCCUGUGUCAGUGCCAACGUGAUGGGCGUCGACGAGGCGUUGAUGCUGGACAUGCAGGGCUUCGUCAAGACGUGCAACUCGGUCAACUUCUUCAUUGUGCGAGGGGAUGAGGUCUGGGCGCCGACGAAGGACAACCAGAUGCAGGGCAUCACCCGCCAAAAGACCAUCGACGUCUGCCGCGCUGCGGGGAUCACUGUCAGGGAGCUCGAUUUUGCGCUCACCGAGGUUUAUGGCGCUGAUGAAGCGUUCUGCACGGGCACUUUCCCGUCACAGAUCCAUGUCACCGAGGUCGAUGGACGGAAGAUUGGGGAUGGAAACAAGGGUCCUGUCACUGCGGCCAUUCAGAAGUUGUACGCAGCGGAGGUGACGCGAGAUGUCUCCAGGCCGAGGGAGGCUAUCCUGGCCGACUUGGAGACACCUCGAGACCUCAGUGUCUUGAAGCGGUUGAAGUUGUGA